UUUAGGGGCGUUUAACACCGUCGAUGAAAAAACUUCUUAAUAAUAAGCCAAUUUUUUAGGGUUUAAGGUUUGAAGGUCAUGUAGAUUUCAAGGUUUAAAAUUCUGCAGGCACUUCAAUUCUCUCUCGCAUUGAUAAAAUUAUUUUAUCUCAAUGAUGAAGGAAACUGCAAAUGCUCAGCAAAGAGCAACGGAAGAGGAAGUGGAAGAUGUUAAAGAUCUAAAGCGUGCAAUUUGCGAAGAAUGCAGAGAAAACCCUUUUAAAUACAAAUGCCCCGGCUGCGGAUUGCGUUCGUGCAGCUUGCCCUGCGUCAAAGCUCACAAAUUACGUACGCGUUGCACAGGCAAGCGAAACCGAACGCAGUAUGUGCCUCUCUCACAAUUCGAUGAAAAUUGGCUUGUAUCAGAUUACAAUCUGUUAGAGGAGAUUUUGAGAAUGACAGAAGCUGCCAAGCGGACUCGAGCUGGUGCAGAUGACAGCAGGUCAGCUCGGUUUAUGCGAGGAGGCAAGAGCAGACUUAAUAUUCAGGCCAAGAAUCGUAACAUAAACCUCUUACUUCAACCGAAGGGCAUGUUGAAGAAUAAGAUCAACAGGUCGUAUUAUGAUAAAUUUCGAAAAUGCAUAUGCUGGACAGUUGAGUGGCAGUUUCAUUCAACAGAUGUUACGUAUAUUGACCACAGAAUGGAUGAACAUGCAAGUCUACAAAGUAUACUGGAAAAACAUCUGACAAUUGGUCCUGGGAAUCCAGUCAUACGACAUAAACUUAGGCAUUUCUGCAACAACCCCAUUGAAAGUUUGAAGCUCUUGCUCAAGAAGGAAUAUAUGGAGGGUGACAGAAAGGUAUAUUUUGACCUGAACAUUAUGGAACCGUUGCGCUCUCAACUUGCGUGGAAAACUAUUAUUGAGUAUCCUGUUAUUCUUGUUGUUUUGCCAUCAAAUUUGAUAGAGUUUGAACUUUCAGAAGAUACGAAUCCAGUUCCCCGAGAAGUUCUAAACCCUUCAAAAGUUGAUGAAUUAGAGAACCUUGCAUAUCAAGAGUGCGCUCCCUUCAAGGAAGAAGAAAUUGAAGAAAAAGAAUUUGAACCUUCAGAAGGUUUGUGUCCAGUUCCUGAAAAAAUUCUUAAAGGUUCAAAUAUUGAUGAACCUGCUCUACAUUUGGAGGGUACUCUCCUCAGGGAUGGAGAAAUCAUGGAAGGAGAGUUUGGAUUUAUCAAGGAUAUGAAGCCAGUCCUUGAAAAAACUGUAGAACCUUUAAAUGUUCAUGAACUUGAUGAUCGUGUGCAUCUAGAGGGUUUUCCCAUCAGAGAAGAAGAAACUGAGCAAGGAGAGAAUGUAUUUUUAGAAAACCUGAUUUCAGUUCCUGAGAAAAAUUUAAGACCUUCAAAUUUUGAUGAACUUGAUGAUCUUGUACAUCUGGAUGACCUGGCCUUCAGGGAUGAAGAAAUUGAGGAAGGAGAAUUUGUUCCGCACCAGCAUUUUGAUGGAAAGCUUUCCUUUGCAGAUGGAUAUGGAUGCUGUUAUGGAUGAAGUGAAUGUUGAGAUGCUAUAACGUGGAUGGAUUUUGGUCAGAUGGCCCAAUGGCAGGAAUUGUGAAUGGCUUCUGAAUUUUAAAUUUUGCAGCUGUAGUCCAAUCUGGUUAAGCGAAAUUUUUGAUGUUUUUCUCCACAUCUAAGAGUUGUAUUUUUAACUGUUUAAUACGAGUGGUGCAUCCAUUUAAAGUUGGGUUUA